UUUGCUAGGUUUCUGCGUUGAUUGUCUAGUCUACUUCGUAGUUAAGUUAAGUGGCUACCUGUAUGGUUAGGUAGCUAGGUAGUAAGGAAACUGAUAGUUUUGUAACUUCUGGUGUUACUUCUUGUUGAUUGACCAACGAGUUGUGUUGCAAGGAAGUCGAGUAGUUUACUAACUAGUUGAUCUAGUGUAGUAGCAAAGUUUACCCACCUAACGUCAAGUUGAUAUUGUAUCCUUAAACUUUACUGUGUCUAGUUUGUGUGAGUCGCCAGGCAGUAGCUAUGUAUAUCAUUACGGAAUUUUUGUUGGUUACGUUGAAAGUGCUCUGGGCAUUUGUUAUGGCCGGGUUUAAGUGGUUGGUCCGACCUAAAGAAAAGAGUGUUGCGGGUCAGGUGUGUGUGAUCACCGGGGCAGGCAGCGGCCUCGGCAGGCUGUUUGCCAAAGAGUUUGCCCGGCGAGGGGCAGUGCUGGUUCUCUGGGACAUCGACAAACAGAGCAACGAAGAGACCGCGGAGAUGGUGCGACAGGUCCAGCUGGAGAUGACCAGCAACGUGUCCAAAGACGGAUCCGUAGGUGGGGUACAGGAGGUGUCCGCGGUGCGGCCCCAGGUGUACACCUACGUGUGCGACGUGGCCAAGCGCGAGAGCGUCUACUCCACGGCCGAGAAGGUGCGACGUGAGUUGGGCCACAUCGACCUGCUGAUCAACAACGCUGGCGUGGUGUCGGGUCACCACCUGCUGGAGUGCCCGGACGAGCUCAUCGAGAGGACCAUGAUGGUCAACUGCCACGCACACUUCUGGACCACCAAGGCCUUCCUGCCCAAGAUGCUGGAGAUGAACCAUGGGCACAUUGUGACGGUGGCCAGCUCCUUGGGCCUGUUCACCACGGCUGGCGUGGAGGACUACUGUGCCAGCAAGUUUGGGGCCAUCGGCUUCCACGAGUCCCUGAGCCACGAGCUGAAGGCGGCAGAGAAAGAUGGAAUCAAGAUGACGCUGGUGUGUCCCUUCCUGGUGGACACGGGCAUGUUUAAGGGCUGCAGGAUCAGGAAGGAGAUGGCACCACUGCUCCCCCCUCUGAAGCCGGAGUACUGUGUGAAGCAGGCGGUGAGGGCCAUCCUGACUGACCAGCCCAUGAUCUGCACCCCCCGUCUCAUGUACAUGGUCACCUUCAUGAAAACGAUACUGCCCUUCGAGGCCAUCGUUUGCAUGUACCGCUUCCUCGGGGCGGACAAGUGCAUGUACCCAUUUCUAGCUCACAGGAAGGAGGCCAUGAACAACAACGACCUGAAGCCUGGGAGAUAAGGGUCUCCCGGUGCGAACGGACGCCGCCGACCGGGCGCGAGGCGUCAAACUUUGCCCGUAUUGUUCCUCUGGAAUAAUGUUAAGGACUACACAGAUACCUUUAUGCAUUUCCACGGUCUGUUAUUAAAUAAACCUCCCCACUCUACAUUGGAGCUCCUUAGUUUAGCGGUGUGCUUGACAACAGCUUUUGAAGUCAGCUGACUUUUAAUUAAACAGUGUUUUAAUGUCCUGAUUAUACAGUAUGUUACUGUAUGAAGAGUAAAUUGUCACUGAUGUUUUUAUAGAUGUGCACUAUAAUUUCGGGUCGACACUUUAUAGAAAUUUCACUAUACCUCUCCUGCUCCCAACACUACAAGAGAAAUCUACAAAGAGGAUGCAUGCAUGUUUGGGGGUGGGUAAAACGGUUGAACCAGUACUGGUAUUAAUCAGUAUUGGGUCCAGAUGCAAAGUUUGCACUUUGGGUUUGAUGAUGAGUUCAUGUUAAGACUAUCAGUCUGUCCUCUAUUCAGCACGUUGCAUUAUUGGCUUGUCGCAUGUCAAGGGCAGCUUGCAUAAUCUUCCGUUUUUACAUGAGAUUCAGCAGUAUCGCUGGAUCGGACCUGCAAAUCGCUGGUUCCCACGCUGUCAGGCCACAGUGGUACCUAGUUGAAAUUAUGUUGUAUGGCAGUCAUAUGUUUUAAAUGUGUCUCCAUGAUCUGAUUCAUGUAGAAAUGCUGAGCAAGUUAAGACACUUCUCUCACAGGAGCCUUAUUAUGACAAAGUGCCUUUGGGUGGAGCUGACCUAUUGAACAGGAUUUAAUGGAUGAGUCUUUGGUCAGCUCCCCAAGCUCAACUCCCAUAUUGGUUUUUACAGAGUAUUGAAUCAAUACUGUGUUUAUCAGUCAUGUUUUGAUGCUGUUAGGGAGUUCUACACCUUAGCUGGUGCAGUCUCAGUUUCUGGCUGUGUGCUUUUAUACUUUAAAUAUACACACAACAUGUAACUGGAUUUUAGCUUAGCUGUGUUCCAAGCAUUUCCCUUCAGAUGGUAAUGAGCCUGAAAUCUCUACCUCUUUAUUGUGUGACUUAUUUGCAUGGCCAUAAGCCUUUUUUUCCCUUGUAGAACUGUUAUUGCGAGGAGUGAUUUCUGUGGUUUUAUUAAUGUAUAAUG